AUGGUCGAUAUGAAGACGGAGAAGGGACGGCGGGAAAAGGCACCAUUAUACAAAGACGGAGAAUCAGUCAAGGGAGCGGUGACUAUCCGCCCCAAAGACGGAAAACGACUGGAGCAUACGGGAAUCAAGGUACAGUUCAUAGGCACAAUUGAGAUGUUUUUCGAUAGAGGGAAUCACUAUGAGUUUCUCUCUCUGGGCCAGGAACUGGCUGCACCAGGCGACCUCCAACACCCUCAAACCUUCGAUUUCAACUUCAAAAACAUCGAGAAACAGUACGAGUCUUACUCUGGCAUCAACGUACGGCUUCGUUACUUCGUUCGAGUGACUGUCUCUCGACGCAUGGCAGAUGUGAUACGUGAGAAAGAUAUAUGGGUGUACUCUUACCGCAUUCCACCAGAAAUGAAUAGCUCGAUCAAGAUGGAUGUAGGAAUCGAGGACUGUUUACACAUCGAAUUUGAGUAUUCGAAGAACAAGUAUCACCUAAAGGACGUCAUCGUUGGCAGGAUAUAUUUCUUACUUGUACGGUUAAAGAUCAAGCACAUGGAGUUGUCAAUUAUUAGAAGAGAAACCACAGGCGCGGCGCCGAAUCAGUAUAAUGAGAGCGAGACCCUUGUGCGAUUUGAGAUUAUGGAUGGGUCACCAUCAAGAGGAGAGACUAUCCCAAUCCGAUUGUUCCUUGGUGGCUUUGACCUGACUCCGACCUUCCGAGAAGUCAACAAGAAGUACUCCACAAGAUAUUAUCUGAGCCUGGUGCUGAUCGACGAAGAUGCCAGGCGUUACUUCAAGCAAUCCGAAAUAGUCCUGUACCGCCAAGCUCCAGAGAUUGCCGCCCAGGCAGGUCAACAAACACAAAUUACAGGCACCGUGCCCCCGGACAGGACCCAAGUACCUCAGGCGUGA